CCGGCCUCUUCCCGCUCCCUCCCACCGCCGUCCGCGAGCUGCGCCCUCCUCACGCGCCCCUCCCGGCGGGCUCGCUGUGUGCGCAGGCGCGGGUCGGGGACAGGCGCGAGGAGGGCGGAGCGCCGCGCGGAGCGGAGGGGCGGGGUCACGAACUCUGACCUCCCGGAGCCGGAGCCGCCACCGACAAAUAACCCCCCAGGAGAGGCCGCCGGGAGCUGGGCCCGCCAGGAGUCUUCACGGGGUGAUUAUGCAUACGAGGUGUGAAGUGUAAUCUAGGUACCAUAGGAAAUUCUGGUGAUUAAAGAUCAUGGCAACCAUAGAGGAACUGGCCCAUCAAAUUAUUGAACAACAAAUGGGAGAGAUUGCGCAUUCCCAAGGAACUGUUACUCAAACACUAAUGGAUGGGACAGCACAAAGAAUACAAAUUGUCCCAGCGGAUUCAGGUCUCUCUUUACCACAACGCAUACAAAUUGUCACAGACCAGCAGACGGGCCAGAAGAUUCAGAUUGUUACUGCACUUGAUCAGAGCACAGCAGGCAAGCAGUUCAUCUUAACAAAUCAUGAUGGCUCUACCCCAAGCAAGGUGAUCCUUGCCAGACAAGAUUCCACUCCAGGAAAGGUUUUCCUAACAACUCCAGAUGCUGCAGGUGUCAACCAACUGUUUUUUGCAUCCCCCGAUUUAUCUGCACAACACAUCCAGAUUUUAACAGACAACACUUCCACUGAACAAACCCUAAAUAAAGUAUUUGAUCUCUGUGUCGUAUGUGGAGACAAAGCAUCAGGACGUCAUUAUGGAGCAGUAACAUGUGAGGGAUGCAAGGGAUUCUUUAAAAGAAGCAUACGAAAGAAUUUAGUUUAUUCAUGCCGAGGGGCAAAAGACUGUGUCAUUAACAAACAUCAUCGAAACCGAUGUCAGUACUGUAGGCUGCAGAGAUGCAUCGCGUUUGGAAUGAAACAGGACUCUGUUCAGUGCGAGAGGAAACCAAUUGAAGUAUCACGAGAAAAAUCUUCAAACUGUGCGGCUUCUACAGAAAAGAUCUACAUCCGAAAAGAUCUGCGCAGCCCACUUGCUGCAACUCCAACUUUUGUAACUGACAAUGAAACAGCAAGAUCAACAGGACUGCUAGAGUCAGGAAUGUUUGUAAAUAUUCAUCAGUCCGGAAUAAAAAGUGAGCCUACAGUGCUUAUGACACAAGAUAAGGUUGAGGCCUGUCAGGGGGAUUUAAGCACACUGGCAAAUGUGGUAACAUCAUUAGCAAAUCUCAGUAAGUCCAAAGACAUGUCUCAAAGUAGUGCUGAGCUGUCUAUGAUUGAAAGUUUAAGCAACGGAGAUACAUCAUUGUCUGAACUUCAUCAAGAAGAGCAAGCAAGUAGUGAUGUUACCAGGGCAUUUGAUACUCUUGCGAAAGCACUAAACCCAGGAGAGAGUGCAGCAUGUCAGAGCUCUGCAGAGACUGUUGAAGCCAAUGUACAUCUGAUUGGUGGAGAAACAAGCAUGAAUAUCGUUGAAAUAGAGGGUCCGCUUCUCAGCGAUGCACAUGUAGCUUUCAGGCUCACCAUGCCUUCUCCGAUGCCUGAAUACCUGAAUGUUCAUUACAUCUGUGAGUCAGCCUCCAGACUACUCUUUUUGUCCAUGCACUGGGCACGCUCCAUUCCUUCCUUCCAAGCUCUAGGGCAAGAUAACAGCAUAUCAUUAGUAAAAGCCUGCUGGAAUGAACUUUUUACACUUGGUCUUGCACAGUGUUCACAAGUGAUGAAUGUGGCAACUAUAUUAACUGCAUUUGUUAAUCACCUGCAUGGUAGCUUACAGCAAGAUAAGCUGUCUACAGAUAGAGGAAAACUAGUGAUGGAGCAUAUCUUCAAACUGCAAGAGUUCUGUAACAGUAUGGUUAAGCUUUGCCUAGAUGGGUAUGAAUAUGCUUAUCUGAAAGCAAUCGUCCUCUUCAGUCCUGAUCACCCAGGUCUAGAAAAUGUGAUACAGAUUGAAAAGUUUCAAGAAAAGGCUUACAUGGAGUUCCAAGAUUAUGUAACAAAAGCAUAUCCAGAUGAUACCUACAGGCUAUCUAGGCUUCUUCUCCGAUUGCCUGCCCUCAGACUGAUGAGUGCCACCAUCACAGAAGAGUUGUUCUUUGCAGGACUGAUUGGAAAUGUUCAGAUUGACAGCAUCAUCCCAUAUAUCCUAAGAAUGGAGACAGCAGACUACAACUCUCAAAUUAUUGGUCAUUCUGUAUAAAGGUGGAAAACAAGGAUUCUAUGCCGUGGUGACGUAAAUGUACAUCACCAUGGCAGUCAUGGCAUACUGUCUCCAAGAGAUGGCAAGAGGCCUUCCCCGGCAACUUUUAAAAAUUUAAAGAAGGCUAAAAUUCCUCCUUUCCAGUACAUUUGUGAAAUGCUGCAGAGUGUCUUGAGGGAUACAGGAUGACUUCCUUUUUUCAUCUGGUUUUCAAGGACUUGUAAAUUAUCUGGCAUUUAAUGAAAAUCAAAAAUUAUCCACUGUAUUUUUGUAGAUAGAUGAACCUGGAAUUUUGUUUAUGAAGUCCAAAACGAAUAGGAAAAUCCAGCCUGGUGAAGAAGAGUGUUGACUGAAUUAAGGUGUCACUACUUAAUUUUAGAAAAAAAUAAAUUAACCUUCUUCUCUGA